ACAUAUUGGAAAGUCAACAAAUAUUUUAUGCCCAUAUGGUAUACAAAAUUAAUUUGUAAAAUUUAAUUAAAUUUACUUUAUUGAGUUUAAUAAACCAUAUAAUAACUACAUUAUUAUUAAAAUUUUUAAAAAAGUUGAAAUGGAUUUAGAUAUAGAUUUAGACGGCACUUCUCUGUUUGAAGAAGCAGACAAAUCGAAGGUUCCUCCAAUAUUUCAAAAAAGAAUUAUUGCUUUUGUAAAUCACUUUCUUUUGAAAACUUGUAGUUUUCUUAAUGACUUUGUAGAGGAAUGUGAAAUACGAUUCAUUGAAACUGAAAGAAAAAUGCAAAAACUCGAGGCUACUCUUAUUAUUUUGGAAGAAAAGCUGGCUUCAAUACCCGAUAUAGAAACAAAUCAAAAAAUAGUUCCUGAAAUAGAUAAUUGUAGUCAACCACUUGUUGAAGAAGAUUCAAACAAAACUAGUGACGAAAAAGAAUUACAAGGCACUUCGAAUCCUGAAGAAUCUGUUAAUACUCAGGUUGAUAUCAAAGCAAAUGAAGAUGUUAGAUAUAGAAAAUAUUUUAAAAUGCUUCAAUUUGGAGUUCCCAUUCCGGCCGUUAAAUCAAAAAUGGAAAUAGAUGGGUUUGACCCUGAUAUUUUAGACACACCAAACUUGAUUCUAUCAGAUGGGAUUCCUUACAAACAACAGGGCGAUAGUUGAUGUACAUGAGAAAUCACUUGGGUUUACUUGGCUCCAACAAUGUAAAUAUACUUUUCUUCGAAGACUGUUGCCUCAGUAACCUUAAUAAAUCAAUUAAAAUUAAUUUUAAAUUUUAAA